UUUUAUAAGGGGGGAGGGAGGAGCGGAUGCACAUGCGUACAAGCAGAGAACCACUCGGCCACGGAGAUUUCUCUUGCCCCUUCCUCCCCUCUCUCCUCCCUCCCCGAAUCACGCGCGGUCCCAUCCGUCACCAGCCGCCAUGGCAAGAACCACUCCGUUCGGUCUCGCCGUCGCGGCGGCGCUCGUCUUCGCCGUCGCCAUGCCGGCCCUCGCCGCCGCGCAGGCCCCCGCGCCGGCGCCCACAAGCGACGGCACGUCGAUUGACCAGGGCAUCGCCUACCUCCUGAUGAUCGUCGCCCUCGUGCUCACCUACCUCAUCCACCCUCUCGACGCCUCCUCCCCGUACAAGCUCUUCUGAGAGCAGAGCAGAAAUCUUUUUUCCUUCCUUGUUUUCAUAGGGUAGUGGAUUAUUUGAGUGAGGGAGAGGCGUCAUUGGUGGUCGGUCCGGUCCGUAUUCAUUUGUGGCGAGUUCUAUUGGGUUCUGCAUGCAUGUGUAUAAUAUUACUCCUACCUUCAUGUACAUGCUUUGGUGUCUUUGUUCCAAUGGCUGUCAGAUGUACUGCAUUUCAGAGAAUUUCGGAGUUCUGACCGUGUUUGGUUAAUGUGAUGAAAUUUUUUUUCACAAAAAGACAAAUGUAUGCAUGGAGUACUAAAUGAAGUAUUUUUUGCGAAA